AUGGAUAAACGUCGAGGGAGAGGUGAUGUCUUCGACUUGAACACGUCUGCAGUAACAUUAAUGAUGCUCUGCUGGAGGCUCUGAAGUCCGUGCACGCUGCGACGGAUCAGUUUUGGAGUCGCCAGCAGUGCGCCUCAGCUUGGACACAAGACACACGAUCUGGUGGACUGGUUGCAUCGUUUUCUUAAAGUUUAUAUUUGCUGCCUUUUUGAAUGCGUUUAGUAAAGUGUGAUUUAUUCUUUUGCGUGCAUUUUGGAGCUGCUAACUUUGUGUUUUUGAGUUGUUUUAGUAUGGGGGAGAGCGUGCGUAUCGGGCAGAUAUGUUUACGCUCUGUGGAAGUUUAGCCCUGCGCCCGCUCUCCUAAACUCCCCCAUCUGUGCAUUUUGAUUAUCGUACUUCAACUGAACUCUGCAGGAGGUUUAAAACGACAGGGGGAAAUGGCCAGCGAGCGGAAACCGCGGCUUUGUCUCAUGACAAAAGGGGAGAACGGGUAUGGAUUUCACUUGCAUGGUGAGAAAGGGAAGAGCGGACAGUUCAUCCGCAAAGUGGAGUCUGGCUCCCCUGCAGAAGAGUCGGGGCUGCGCCCUGGGGACCGGGUGGUUGCAGUGAAUGGGGUUAACGUGGAGAAGGAGACACACCAUCAGGUGGUACAGCGGAUCAAAGCCGUAGACCAUGAGACCAGGUUGCUGGUGGUGGACCAUGAGACCCAUGAAAGUCUGCGCAGCCUGCGCCUCACAGCCACAGAGGAGAUGGCCAUUCUCGGGACAGGGCAUCCCUCCUCAUCUUCUCCCCCGGCAUCCCCCUCUCCUUCCCCAUCCUUGGUCCCAUCCUCCCCCAGCAAGAAGCGUGAGAACGGCUCAGUGUCCAAGCAACCGGCCACGCUGAGCAGCCAGGUGCAGAAGCCCACCAGGAGGUCACCGUCGAAGGCUGCAAAGAAGGAGGCUCAGGCUGAAGCUCACACCCAGGCUCAGUCCCAGUCACGGCCCCAGGUCGACCCAUCCAACCUCGUCCCACGUCUGUGCCACCUGGUACGGUCUGAGACGGGUUACGGCUUCAACCUCCACAGUGACCGGUCACGACCUGGACAGUACAUCCGCUCCCUGGACCCAGGAUCGCCUGCAGACCAGGCCGGGCUCCAGCCACAAGACAGACUCAUUGAGGUAAAUGGCGUGAACAUCGAGGGCAUGCGGCAUGCAGAGGUGGUGGCCUUCAUAAAGAAAGGGGGAGAUGAGACGUGGCUGCUGGUAGUGGAUCCAGACACAGACGAACACUUCAAGAGGAGGGGGGUUAUCCCCACAGUCGGUCAUCUCAAGGACUAUGAUGGUCCAUCCAUAUCCAACGGCUCCCCCAGCCCUCAGAUCAAUGGUAGCUCCACCACACAGUCCAUCAGGUCCACGCGCUCCGACCUCAGCAGCCAGGGCAACAGCACACAGCUGGCGGACGAUGAGGGCGGCAGGCUGUCGGACCCGUUUGCUGAGAUGGGCCUGACUCUCAGCGCCACGGCAGCAGAGGAAAAGAUCAAGGUCCAUGCCAAAGAAAAGAGGAAGGCACCACAGAUGGACUGGAUGAAGAAAUACGAACUCUUCAGCAAUUUCUGAGACACCCCCCUCCAAGGACACUUCAGAGACCAAAGGACAGAGCUGUCUGCAGCCGUCUGCGUGGAGGAGUUUGCGUUGUGGGAGAACGUCCCUCUUUUUACACAGAUCAUGUUUUUUUCUUAGAGAAAGAACUAAGAUGACUCAAUGCAAUAGAAGAUCAUUUGUUCCUGGAAUACAAAGUGACAAAAGGUUAAAGUUGUCCAAUGGAUUUUACUUUUUCAGCCACUUCAGAGAAUCUUUAACAGCUACUUUUCCCUCAUCAAAGUACAAUAAAGUUUUGACUGACUGCAGGAACUGUUGCUAAAAUCACACUGUUAAGAGGGAGGAUCAUCUUUAAAAGCUUCACAGACAUGUACUUGUAUCAGAUGGAAGCAUUGCAGACAAGUUUUGCAAAUUUGCCUAAAUCCCCAUCACUUUUUCUUUACUUAAAUCACCCCAACCACCCUAUUGUUGACUUGUUUCAAACAAAUGGGGGUUAUUUUUAUACUUAAAAGGUAUAAACAACUAUAAAUACACAGUAUCCCAUCACCAUGGGCUGCAUUUUAAAUAGUUUUAUGGACACUGUGACAUUAAUGAUUGUGGACAUUGUGGGAGUUUUGGCCCAUCAGUCAGAGGAAGCCCAAACUUGGCAGAAGAUCACUGUGAACGAGCUGAGACCCUCCACCUCCAGCCCACUGGGAUGUUUGAUGAUAACCACUGACAGAGACAAGGACUGGCUGUGUGUACUGGUUAUGUAUAAUGUAUGCUACAUGUAUUUGUACUUUGACAUUGAGAUAAUUGAGCGAUCGUCAGCUUAAGCCCACAUACGCACCUGCUGAACUGCUUUUAGAUCAGCCCUGUUUAUACUACGUGUAUCACCACUAACCUCUUUUCCCAGAUUACGCUCUGGUGCACACGUGAUAACAAAGGGAAGCACCACUAACAUUACAUGUGUUGAUAAAGUAAAUAAUGGAAACUGGAACCGAGGACAGAGGAAUACCAAAGUUUUUCAGGGCAUGCGGCAUCAUGAACAAGUUUUGCGUUGUAGAGAGCUUGAUGUGCACAGCAGGGGGCAAACUUACACCACAAAUAGAGACCUCUUUUGGCUUAGACUAAACAGAGUAGAUGUUUGUCCAGAUGUCAGUCAUCAUCUCACAAUGUCCCUGAAACAGAAGUUCAUUCAGGUGAGGUGGAAGAAGGACACUCAAGAUAGUUUGAAGAUUUAUUCCCAGUGGUAUUACUGAAGGAAAGGAUAACUGGGAAGUUAUCACUCAGAUGUAAGAUGAAGGACACUUUUUCUUUUAUGUAGUUAGUAUGUUAUAUUUACACUUUUAACUGUGAUAUGAAAGCAAGCUGAGAAAUGUGAAGGCAGACGGCUGGGAUGAUUUUAUAACCAGCUGUGGAAGGAAUAUUUAAAGGCUGGCCAGGCAGCCAACUAUUAAUGAAUCAGUAUUAGAGAUUGUACAGACUACAGCUAAGUCUUCAUGCAGGAAUAACUCCAGAAUAUUAAACUGAAUAAAUUUUAAAGGGAUUUUCUCAGAACAAGUUAGUCAAGUAAGUGUGUCAUCUUGCUUCAUCAGUGGUUUCAAAGCUUUCAGUCGAUUAAAUUUAAGGUGAAAGGAUGAAAUAAUGAUGUUUCAUUGAUGGGUGAAACUGUCCUGCAGGCACAUUUCAGUUCAAAGGGAUAGUUAAAGUUUUGGGAAAUACACAUGUUCACUGUGCAAGUUAACCAAAUCCUCUGCAAGCACCUCUAAUCAUCACCUUUUCUUUAGUUUGUGCAAAAAAAACUUCAAUUUGCCCUUUAUGUGGAGGGAUAAUGUGACAGACUAUUUCUUAGCUAAGUGCAUUAACUUUCUGUAGUCCUAUAGCUGAAAGAAAUAAAACAGCAAAUUGUAAUUUUGUACUCGACAGCUUUUGUACAGAUUAAACAAAUAACAUGUAACAUGUUAAUUAUGAGCUUCCCUGUUUCCAGUCUUUGUGCUAAGCUAAGCUAACCCUCUGAUCGCAGUAUAGCUUCGUAUUUACCGCACAGAAGUGAGAGCAGUGUGGAUUUUCCCAUGUAAUGAAUAUGCGUAUUUGCCAAAAUGUCAGACCAUUCCUUUAAUUAAAUAAGGGGCAGGAAAGAAAGUGGGGUUAAGGCUCAAAAGUGCAACUAGCAUCAGGUGCAACAUGAGCAGUGUGCGUGUGUGUGUGUGUAUGUGUGUGUGUUAGCAUGUUAUGGGGUGGAGCGAGUGUAGGGGACGCACAGAGUGAGGUCAGAGAUGCUCUGGAGGAUCUAGUGAAAGAGACUGUGGGAGCCAUGGAGCUUACUGAGGAUUAUUACACACAUACAGGGACAGCUGUCAUACACAUGCUCACGCACAUUUGCAGCACAAUGUUCGUGAGCGUGUGUGCAGAUAGAGAAGAUAUCCACGCCGCAACCCAUGCAGUGUUAAUGUAUUACAACAAGUGGGACUACAAGUUGGAGAAAUGUCAGUCAUUUAUGUGGAGAACCUUUGCUUUUGGUUCCAAUUUCACACCCUUGGUUUAACUUCACACAGCCCACGCUAAAAGUAGUGUCUUGACUCAUCUCUGAACAUCAGUCUGUGUGUGCAUUUGGGUUCACUCUGUAUAUUGUCACAGUCACAGAAAAACACAUGUAUAUACAGUAAAAACAUACAGUAUAUAUGGCAGGUUGCAUUUUUUUUCAAUAAAGUGUGACAAUUGCGUUUUUGAAUAUA